GUACGGUGUCCCGCCUUGAUCGAUACGCAGGCUAGAAGGAAAGCAUUAAAUAGAGCUUGUACAUUAAUCUUCUCAUCCUCACCAUCAUCACCUUUACACAAUGUCAUCUACAGCAACACAAACAGCAACACAGCCACAAGGAGAAGUAGUAGGCUCACUUCAGGCUACAGGUACAUCUUCGUCCAACGGCGCAGAUGAAGCAUUCGCAGGUCAUGAUGAAGAACAAAUUCGAUUGAUGGAAGAAAGAUGUAUCGUUGUGGACAAUGACGAUAAAGCCAUACGUGAUGGAAGUAAAAAAGAAUGUCAUUUGAUGACAAAUAUUCAAAAAGGUUUAUUACAUCGUGCAUUUAGUGUUUUCUUGUUUGAUCCAAUUACCGGAAAACUCUUGCUGCAAAAACGUGCUGCUGAAAAGAUCACAUUUCCAAACAUGUGGACAAAUACUUGUUGUAGUCAUCCUUUAGCCAUCAAAGGAGAAUUGGAAGAAGCACAACAGAUUGGUGUUAGACGUGCAGCUCAACGUAAGCUGGAUCAUGAAUUAGGUAUUGCACCUGAACAGGUUCCAUUGGACGAAUUUCAAUUCUUGACAAGAAUUCACUAUCUAGCACCAAGCGAUGGCUUGUGGGGAGAGCAUGAAGUUGAUUACAUCCUCUUCAUCACUGCACCCGUCACCGUCAAACCAAACCCAAACGAAAUCGGAGAGGUGAAAUGGGUAGACGCACAAGAAUUAAAGGCUUUGAUGAACGAAUUGGAUCCUGCAAGUUUCACACCUUGGUUCAAAUUGAUUGCUUCUAAAUUUUUAUUCCCUUGGUGGAACACUCUCAUUGAACGCAAGACAAGCAAACCAAAGAGCGAAACUGCCGCUCAAUCUGCCGCUCAACAUGGCACAGCAGUCGUAGAUGCAAAAUCACUGGCUGAUUUGCAAGACGAUACCUUACAUCGUAUGCUGUAAUCAUUGAUUGUUCAGCAAGGAGAACCGACAGACUGAAAGAACAAAUACCCAGCAACAUUCGCCCGAGCUCAACCAUCAUCACUUUCACUGAAAUCUCUGAUAAUCUUGAUCUUCUUCAAUAUGUACUACCUAAACGCAUCUUCUACUAAUUCGUAACGCAAUUCCACUCAUUUUGUUUGUUUCAAAGAU